GAGAAUUCCAAAUUGUACCACAAAUUGUUUGGAAUAAAGUGAAUUAUUAUUAUUAUUAUCUGCAUGAUGAAUACACUCAUUCAUAUUUAAUGCAAUAAAGUCAGAAUGUAUUUCAUAUGUGAAGUUGUCAAAGUCCACUUUUCAAGCCUCACCAUAAACAAAAAAUAUGUGUCUAUUAUAUAUUCAUAUUUAGAAAAAUUGUUAAACACAUAUCGCAUUUUACACAAAUAAUGAUUUCAUUUUAUAUAGUUGUUAUAAAUUUCCUGAAUAUAAUAAAGUUCUGUAAAACAAGUGAAGACAAGAUAUUUCAUCCUCUUUCUGAUGAACUGAUCGAGUAUAUUAACACGCAUCCAAAUGCUGGAUGGAAAGCAGGAAAGACAAGUCGAUUCAGUACAAUUAAUGAUGCUUAUUUAAUGAUGGGAGCUCUAUUUGAAGAUUCAAGCCAAAAGCGAAGUCUCGUCCAACCAUCAACCACAAUGACAAUGAUAUUGAAUUGCCAAAAUCUUUUGAUGCACGUAAACAUUGGAGACAUUGUUCUAGUAUCAAAACGAUUCGUGAUCAGUCUGCAUGUGGUUCAUGCUGGGCUUUUGGUGCCGUGGAAGCAAUGAGUGACCGCAUCUGCAUUCAUUCCAGCAGUUACAAAUCUGUGGAAUUGAGUGCUGUUAAUCUCUUGAGCUGUUGUACAAGAUGCGGUUUUGGUUGUAGAGGUGGUAUUCCUGGAUUUGCGUGGGACUAUUGGAAAGAUGAGGGUAUUGUAACCGGUGGAUCGAAUAAAACGCAUACAGGAUGUCAACCAUAUCCAUUCCCAGAAUGUGUUCAUCAUUCAGCUGAACACUUGGAUCCAUCAUGCGAAACUGAAAGCUUUUCUACUCCUGAGUGUCAACAUUAUUGUCAAAAUGACUAUCAAAUAUCCUAUGAAGAUGAUAAAUUUUAUGGCAAAACUUCAUAUAAUGUGGCUAGUGAAGAAGGUUCAAUUAUGAAAGAAAUUCUUUUAAAUGGUCCCGUUGAAGGUGCAUUUUUUGUUUAUGAAGACUUUCUUAACUAUAAGUCUGGUGUCUAUAGACAUGUAACUGGUUCUUUCUUAGGUGGACAUGCUGUACGUAUACUUGGCUGGGGUGUACACAAGAAUAAAAUCCCAUAUUGGUUAUGUGCCAAUUCAUGGAAUGAUGGUUGGGGUGAUAAAGGUUAUUUUAAAAUUUUAAGAGGUAAAGAUGAAUGUGGAAUUGAAUCAAAUGUAGUGGCUGGCCUACCAGUGAAAUACAGCUUAUGAGAUUUGUACACAUUGAUCACUUUGAAUAAUCUUUCCACUUGAAAUUCUUAUCAAUAAGAAAUCCUUCUGUCAAAUAGUUGCAUUUUCAAAGUGGUGUUUUUGUAUGGUAUUUGUAAGUGAGAUGUAAGACAUUUGUUUAUAACCUUCAAUACUGAUUGACGAAUAUAACACCAUCAUAGUGGA